AUGGCUUCUCAGCUUUUGCCCCUUGAGCUUAUUGAUAAGUGUGUCGGCUCCCGAAUUUGGGUGGUCAUGAAGGGCGACAAAGAGUUCUCCGGAACCUUGCUCGGUUUCGAUGACUACGUCAACAUGGUUAUGGAAGACGUGACUGAAUUUGACUACAGCGGCGCCCAGAUCAAGCUCCCCAAGCUCCUGCUGAACGGCAACAACAUCUGCAUGGCAAGUUACCCACGUCAACUCUAUUCGCAGAGAGCUAACCAGAGAAAUAGUUGA